AUGAUCUUAAAUGAUCAAAUUGAUGCCCGAGUUCUUAGAGCUGUUGCUAUUGAGCACAGCAAGGAUGUUGAUGCUGCUGCUGAGGCAGUGCUUAUGGAGAUCAUCCCUUUCCUCACAGAAAGAUCUCGAUCAACUACACCUUUGGCUGGGAGCAUAUCUAAAAGCCAAUCAUCUAAAGAUGCCACAGCUACUACUCAGACGGUGAAUAUCCCACCAAUGAAUGCAUUAGGUUCAGCUGAUGGGAAAAACGGUAACAAUAUGAAUGGUGGACAAAAGCUGGGUUGGUACCAUGGAGCUGAUAAUGGGCACAAUGGACCAUUCAUGGAUACAUCUCCAGGGCAUCUUGGUCAACAGAGUAAUACUGUGGGAUUGAUAUUGUCAGGGAAGAAUCUUGGGAACUCUCAUGGUGAAAAUGUUGAGUCGGUUGAUAAAGAUGAAGCACUUUCUGGCGUGAAAUGCGGCAUGGAGAUUACAUUAGAUGGUUUUCCUUGUCAGACAUUUAUUACUUCGCAAGCUGAGAAUAUUGGAGCUGAUCAAAACAUGAAUCUCGCCCAAGAUAAGGUGGAGUGUACCAUCUUAGAAACGAUGCUAGAAGCUUCCACCUAUAGGGCCAGUGAUCAGGAGAAAUCUUGGGCAGAUGGACAUAAUUCUGUUUCUGCGCAGUCUUCAUCGUCUUUGCAUGAUCUGAAAACACGCCCAAUGGGAAACACUGUCCAGUUGGCAGUAGUGCAUGAUGUACAAGGAAGUCAUGUAGAGGAAUCCAAUAAAAGUUUGCCAAUUAAUACUUCCCCCGAGAUGGAAAUUUCAAGAAACAUUGUCGACAUUGAAGAUGAGUCUAAACUUAAUGCCUCCAUGUCCCAGUCCAGCCAAAUUCAUAUCAUGGGCAUGCUCGAGGGAAUCAUUGCUAGUGCGACAAACAAUAAGGAAACAUUGUUCUCAGGGAUGCAGUCUAUCAUCAGCUUGAUGAGGGAAGUGGAACUUAAAGAGAAAGCUGCAGAACAAGCUAAAUUGGAAGCUGCUAUGGGCCGUGCUGAUUUACUGGCCAAGUUGGAAGAGCUUAAGAAAACAGUGCAACUUACAAAGGAGUUAAAUAGCAUGCAUGCUGGUGAAGUUUAUGGUGAGAAGGCCAUUCUAGCAACAGAAUUGAGAGAGCUUCAGUCUCAUGUGCUCUCCCUGUCUGAUGAAAGAGAUAAGUCUCUUGCUGUUCUCGAUGAGAUGCGUCAAACUUUGGAGGUGCGGCUAGCUGCAGCUGAGAAUGAAAUAAGAUCCGCAGAGCAAGAAAAAUUAGAAAAAGAAAAGGCUGCAGUGAAGGCCCUUGCUGAAGAGGAGUUGAUUAUGGAAAAAUUGGUGCAAGAGUCAAAGAUCCUGAAACAACAGGCCGACGAAAAUGCUAAGUUGCAGGAAUUUCUCAUAGACCGUGGUCAUGUUGUUGAUAUGCUGAAAGGAGAACUAGCUGUGAUAUGUCAUGAUGUAAAGCUGCUGAAGGAAAGCUUUGAUGAGAAUGUCCCGUUUAGCAAAUCCCACUCUUCCAGCCAGACGAGCUGUCUCAUAGCUUCCUCCACUUCGUCUUCCAAAAGUCUGAAUCCCGAGGUUUUAGCGCAAGGUGGAGCUGACUCAUUGAUGGCCGAAACAGAGAGAGAUGCUGUUUCUUGUUCUCCCGACCGGCUGUCCGAAGGGAAAUUCAAGACUAGAGAUGAUCGUAAAGCGCUCCUGGAUGGUGGAUGGGAAUUUUUUGAAGAUGGCAAUGAUUGUGAAUGA